AUAUCCAAAUAUUAAAUUUAGUUUUAUUUGCUUUUUAUUUUUGCAUUUUGGACAUGAAUUCAACACAGAAAAAAUGUACGCUCCUGCAGUAAGUUGACACCACAAUUGUAAAAACAGUUAUUGUGUAAAAUUUUGGAAAACUUUGAAUUAUUUUUUUUUUACAUUUCUUAACAUUCUCUCCAAAAAGUGUGUGAUGUCAAUACAUAUUGCGGCAGAAGCCCUACCUCCCCAACCCACGCCAGCACUCCCACCCCAACCGCCAGCCCCACAACCACAGCCGGCUCCUCAUCAACCAAGGCAACGGAGGCGUGCUAGGCCACCAAUUUUCAGAACCCGUGUCAGACUUUUUGGGAUGCCAGAUGAUGUGGUGGUGCGUAGAUACCGGCUGCCACCACAUCUAAUCCUAGACACUCUCUCCAUAAUAGAGAGUGAUCUGGAGUCUGAAAUUCGGUAUCCUACAGCAAUACCACCAUUGACACAAUUCCUUGCAGUGUUACAUUUUUUGGCCACAGGAUCAUUCCAGCAUGUGGUUGGAGACCUGGUUGGCAUGUCGCAGGGCCAGUUCAGUAAGGUCCUGCGACGUGUCUGCCAGGCUUUCCUCAAGCGUGUUAAGCAAUUUAUUGCUAUGCCUUUGGAUGUUGGUGCCCUAGAUGUGGUGAAGCGGCAAUUUGCGGAAGGUGGUAGUCGCUUCCCACAUGUUAUUGGGGUUGUGGAUGGCACACAUGUAGCUAUUCAGCCACCAAAACAUAAUGAAGAAAUUUAUAGAAACAGGAAACUGUUUCAUUCUCUGAAUGUAAUGGUUGUUUGUGGGCCAUCCCUCCAGAUCCUUUCCCUGAACGCAAAGUUUACUGGAAGUUCCCAUGAUGCGUAUGUCAUUAGACAAUCAGGGAUAUGGCAGAGAUUAAGAUCAAGUCAACGACCAGACAUGUGGUUAUUGGGAGACCGUGGAUAUCCUUGCACCCCCUGGCUCAUGACUCCUUACCGUAAUCCCAGGCCAGGACCACAGAUGGCAUUUAACUCCGCGCUUACUGCCACUAGGCAGCUGGUGGAGCGCACAAUUGGUGUCCUGAAAGGGCGGUUUCGUGUUCUCCACCGCACUGGUGGCGACAUCAUGUAUUCGCCGGAGAUGGCAAGUAAAAUAGUGGUCCUGUGCGCAAUACUCCAUAAUAUCGCGGUAAGGAGUAGUGUAGAGCUUCCUCAGGCAGAGGAAUUGCCUGAUGAGGAGCCAGGGGUUGUGCCACGCUUCGGUGGGGGGAGUGUGACACGGAGGGGGAGCCAAGUGAGGGCAAGAAUUGUAGCAGAAUAUUUCAGCUGAAUGAUCACACGAACUGUGGACAACAACAACGGCAAAACUCCCCACCCCCUUCCCCUUCUCACUCCCCCUCCCCUUCUCACUCCCCCUCCCCUUCUCACUCCCCCUCCCCUUCUCACUCCCCCUCAGCUUCCCAGUCCCCCUCAGCUUCCCAGUCCCCCUCAUCUUCCCAGGCCCCAUCAGCUUCCCUGGCCCACUCCACUUUACAUUCCCCUUCUCACCACACCUCUCCAUCUCUUUCUGGGACCCCUUCUCCUCCUUCCCAUACCCCUUCUCCUUCAAAAUCAACAUCACAAUCUGAACCACCCUCACCCUCUAUUGCUUUAACUUUUUCUCCGCCCCCCUCGCCCUCUCAAUCAGACCCCCCCUCUGAAAUUGCGGACCAAAUCCAGCCUCCUUCCCCCAUCCAGCCUCCUUCCCCAAUCCCUCCUCCUUCCCCAAUCCCUCCUCCUUCCCCAAUCCCUCCUCCUUCCCCCAUCCAGCCGCCUUCCCCCAUCCAGCCAACAUCCCCACCAAGUGAAUGGGCAGAGGAAGCCCCUGCCGAACGUUCCGGGAGUCUGGAUGUUGCCGUGGAAAAUGUUGCAGUUGGAGAUCCCACAAGUUUUUCAGGGAUACUUUACACCAUGCGCCAACACCUGCAAGGAAUGAUGGAUUGUGUGGACCAUUUGCAAAAAUUUGCUUG